CUCCAGCUGUCUGUGCUGGUGGAGGCCCUGUGGUCCCCUGGGGCUUUGGCAGAGCCUGUGCUGUCUCCUGUCCCUGGGUUAAAGUGAAAAUACCUUUUGGAAACAAAUACCUUGAUGCUAUUUUUUCUGUCCCAGAGAAGAAACCAACAUAUGGAGUGGUUCUUACUCAUGGAGCUGGAGGAGAUAUGAAUUUCCCUCACUUAGUGUCCUUGGCAGCCUAUCUUGCAUCCCAUGGAGUUCUGUGCCUGCGAUUUACUUGUAAAGGCCUUAAUGUUGCCUACAGGACUAAGGCUUUCAAAGCAGUUGUGGAAUACUUAAAACUUUCUGAUGAUUAUAAACUUUCUGGUGUUUUCCUUGCAGGCCGUUCCAUGGGCUCACGAGCUGCUGCCUCUGUGAUACGUCAGCUGAGCCAGGAUGAUGAUGAUGAUGGUUUCAUUCAAGGACUUGUGUGUUUAUCUUACCCAUUGCAUCGACCAAAACUGCAGUCCAAGCUCCGGGAUGAGGAUUUAUUACUGAUCAGCUGUCCAGUGCUGUUUGUCUCAGGAUCAGCAGAUGAGAUGUGUGAAAAACAAUUGCUAAAAGGUGUGGUGAGCAAAAUGAAAGCCCCUAAAAAAAUCCAUUGGAUUGAUAAAGCAAACCAUGGGAUGGCAGUCAAAGGACGAACAGCAGAUGACAUCAUGGAAGAAGUAAAUGUGCAAGUUUUUUCUUGGCUUAGAGAGAAUGUUCAACCUCAGCACAAAUAAUUUGUGGUGUUCAAGCAUCUUCAUUUAGUUUUUCCUAAAUGUGGCAAAUAAAUGGUUUGUUAUUUUUAGAGGCAUAUUUUUUUAAAAACCAAUCUUUUCAGAGGUCUGACUGCAAAUGAAAAUAAAGCUUUGUAUGAAU